UGCUAUAAUAAUAACUGCUUAACACACCUCUCAAGUAAGAAAGGCUCAGGAUGGUUUCCUCAGAAGCCUAGACGUUGCAGGCAGAUAGCGAUAGCAGGGCGAGGAUAUACGCUCAGCAUCACGAGCAGCGACUCGGACUGCUCUAGCAUCACAGAACAGAGCAUUCAGGUAUUGGAGGAAGGACUUAGCAACAAUACCUUUCGGCAUUCUUCAUCACUUAUGCCAAGCACUACAACCAGGGAUGUGAAUAAGGGAUAA